CUGAAGAUGUAGAAAACCUCCACAUAUUCGGAGACUCCUGUGGGGGACAAAAUAAAAAUUUGACUGUGUACCGUUUCCUUCAUUAUUUGGUACAUGUUAAGAACAGAUUUAAAAAUGUUCAAUUUACUUACCCGAUAAGGGGACAUUCAUAUACUGAAUGCGACCGGAACAUGGGUCGAAUAAAAUCUAACUUUUGGGCUGACACCCCAUCAGAAUGGGCAAAUUACGUUCGCGAGGCUCGCCAAAACCCAUCACCGUUUGUGGUUGAAGAAAUUGACUACACUUUUUGGAUGGAAUGGAAAGAAUUUCUAGAACUUACUUACAAAAAGAAAAUCCCAGUGUUGAUAAGACCUAUGAGAGAAAUAAAAGUGACUUGCUCAUCUGAACGUCUGAUAUACUUCAGGAAUAAUUAUAGUGGCCACUGGGACAGUGUUGCCAUAACCUUACCUAAAAGAAAGAGAUUUGUUGUUGACAAGACUACUCUUCCAGACGUUUCUUUGAAAGAUAGAUUAUCAAUAUCUAAUGAAAAAUAUCAAGAUGUGAUGGAAUUGACUAAGUUUUGUAAAAACCUGACUGCCAGGGAAUACUUUGAAAAUCUGCCUCACUGCACAAAGGAAAAGAAGAAAGCAAAAUAAUGUAUUAGAACUCGUAACAAUAAAAUAAAUGCUGUUUUUAAUUUUCA